AUGGGGCACAAGAGGGUGAAGAUGGAGCUGAUAAAAAACGAGCGGAACCGUAUCCAAACUUUCAAGAAACGGAAGGCCAACUUACUGAAGAAAAUGUCAGAGUUCACCAUCCUCUGCGGUGUGGAGGCAUGCCUGAUCAUGUUCGGUCCGACGAGGACCCAUAGCGAUCCGGCCGCGGCGAUGGAGGAGGAGGAAAAUGAGCUGGAGACAUGGCCGGCUGAUCCGCAAGCCGUCAGGGCAAUCAUCCAGCGUUACAGGACCUCGGAUGGCCCGAAGAGAACCUACCACCUCUCCGAUUACUUCGCGGAGAAGAAGAAACGAGUCGACCUCGAGGUGGCCAACCUGAACAAGCAGAUUUACAGGCACAAGUUCCCUGCCAGCUGGGACUCGAGGCUCGACGGCUUCUCCGUCGAUCAGCUCACUGUCCUGCUGGGUAAGCUGGAUUCCAAGCUCAAGCUGGCCGACCAGAAGCUCGCCGGUUUCAGCUUGGCUGCUGCAGCUAAUCGCUCCAAUCGGCUGGAGUUCGAUUUCAGUCAGUUUCCGCCUGCUGUUCCUCCCGCAGUUGUCAUUAAUUCGGACAACAAUAUGGGUUUUGCUGGGGAUAUCCAGAAACUGGGAUUCUGUAACGACUACGUGGAAGUCCAGCAUAAGCAGUACUACAAUCGUCCCCAGUUGACCCAGCAGUUUGAUCAUCAUCCUCCGCAGCCUCAGCAAGAGCAACAGCAGCAGAGUUCGUUUAUGGCUAUGUUGAAUGCGAAUUCCUCCGAAGCAAGCGAUGAGAUUCAGUAUACUAACCUACAUUCCCACAGUGGGUUACAACAGCUUCUGCCGGAUGUGAACAGCUUUGGUGGUUGCUACUCUGCAGCAGAGGAAGAUUUGAGCCCGAAGGAGUUCAGCAAGGUCGGCUACUCGAUCGAUUUCGAGCUGUUCAACCAUCAUCAAGUGAUGAAACCGGUACUUGAUAGCCAAAUGAUGAUGAUGAAGAGGUUUGGAGGUUACGGUCAGGACUCGGCUACAUAUGGUUCGUUUGGUGCUGCUAGUACUUAUAUGAAGCCAUGGGGGUUGGAUUCUUGUGGCGAGUUUGGGAUCAAUUACUCUCAUGAUUGGUCGAUGAUGAGUUAUAUGAACUCUCCAUUAAGCAGCAUUCAGCAAAUUCUGCAGCAGCCGCAUCAAUUGCAGUUUCCGACGACGGGUGCUGGAUUCGCUGCUGCUCAUUAUCAUCAGGGGCAGUUUUCUCAGCAAGUGGAUGGUGGUGGUGGUGACGGUGGUAGUCAUCAUGCCCACAUGACAGGAAGCUCUGGCUUUAACCGGAACUGA